AUGGGGCCGGCACCCUGCACCAAUGGCCUCUUCAUCGUCCUCCUCCUCGUGCUCGCCGCGGCCGACUUCGGGUCGGGGCAGCAGAACCCGCCUCUGCUAGGGGCGUACUACACGACGAAGUUCAGCCCAUCCAGGGCCACCGUCAUCAUCGUCCUAAUCGUCAUCCUCAUCGCCUUCUUCUUCUUACUCCCGAUAGGCGCCGCCGCAGCUCGCCCGCGACGGCAUCAGCGCGGGCUCGACCCGGCCGUCCUUGAGACCUUCCCGACCAUGGCGUACGCCGACGUGAAGGAGCACAAGGCCGUCAAGGGCGCGCUGGAGUGCGCCGUGUGCCUCAGCGAGUUCGACGACGACGAGACGCUCCGCCUCCUGCCCAACGUCCAUCCCGCUUCGCAGCCGCCGCAAGAAGUGCCGCCGCCAGAUUCUGCAACGGAGGCAGCACCCACCGUCGUCAUCGACGUGGAGGAGAGCGAGGACGAGAGGAUCAUCCGGGAAGAGACGGACGAACUUGCGCGGAUCGGCAGCCUGAAACGCGCUCUGCGCUCCAAGUCCAACCGAGCGCCCACGCACUUCUCGCGUUCGCACUCGACGGGGCACUCGCUCGCUGCGCCAGCCAGCAUCUGCACCGGCGCCGGCAUUGAGAGGUUCACGCUGCGGCUGCCCAAGCCGGAGCACGCGGACAGACUACGGCGCAUGAAGAGCCUCGUCGCGUUCACUGCCGGCCGGCAGGGCAGCACGUACCGUUCCCUCCGACUAUGCGGCGACGGCAGCAGCCGCAGCGGGACAAGCGUCCGGCUGGGACAGUCAGGCCGGUGGCCAUCUUUCUUGUCGCGGACUUUCUCCGCGGCGUGGGGGGCGAGGUCCACCCGGAGUGCCGAGUUGGGCGGGUCGAGCAAGGGCGGGAAGCCGGCCGGCGCCGGCGGCAAGUCAGUGGAGUGCAAAGACCACUAG